AAACCAUUUCUCUCUCAUCGCUCAGAAAGUGUGGAUAACACUACUGGCGAGAGAGAGAAGCCGAAGCUCUGAGAGCGCCUGAGCAAGAACCAGCAAGGAGAUAUCCGAUUCCGAAAAAUGGCUUCAUCUUCAAUCUCCGCGACGCUGUUCUCUUCCCUGUCCAUUCCCAAUUCGCACGCGAUUUCCCAGAAACCCAAGCCCUCCUGUGCGUUCUUACCCUCUCCGAAGGCGUUGGAGCUUCAGACUCUGAAAAGCUCGCGGACGGCGACGAAGCUCGCGGCGGCGGCGGCGGCCCCGAAGCUCUGGACGGGCAAGAGACUCUCGACGGGCCCGAUUCCGGUGCAGUCGAGAUGGCUCCGAAGCAGAAAAUCAGAAUAAAGCUUCGAUCUUAUUGGGUGCCCCUAAUAGAGGACUCUUGCAAGCAGAUAAUGGAUGCUGCUAGGACUACGAAUGCGAAAACUAUGGGUCCUGUGCCGUUGCCGACCAAGAAGAGAAUCUACUGUGUGCUCAAGUCGCCUCACGUCCACAAGGAUGCUAGGUUCCAUUUUGAGAUUAGAACCCACCAGCGCCUUAUCGAUAUUCUAUAUCCGACUGCACAAACAAUAGAUUCUCUUAUGCAACUUGACCUUCCUGCCGGAGUAGAUGUUGAGGUCAAGCUCUGAAGAAUUGAGGUUUGCUUGCUUUCACUUUUGUUUUUAGCAUAGCUAUUUUCUUGGUUAAUUCCUUCCCCUCGCAAGUCACAGAACGAUUGAGAGAAAUGUAAUCUGCCUUCUCUUGGCUGUAAGUUAAAGAUAUGUACCUAUUAUUUCGUAACUGGUUCAUGAAUUUAUUAUUAGCACAAGAUUGAUAGAAGAAAGCGUUGCAAUGAUCUCAACCAGAAUGCGAUGACCCCAUCAAAGUUCUAGAGCAACAUCCAGAGGUCAAAUUUGGAUUCUUAGCCCGAGAGAAUCUCCUAGUCCUUAUCAUUGGAUAGCCAGGACUUGAAAAGAAUAUCUGUAAAACAGGGCUCUACGCUCAUGAAUUCUGUUAGUUGUAAUUUCUAUGAUUGAAUUAACUUU